AUGAUAGUAUCUGAUUUCCUUGUACCGUUUGGAAGUCUAAGGCCUUCGAUGCCUAACGGAUUCACCUUCGAAGCACCAACAUGCAAGAGAAAUAUCUAUAGGCUUGCAAGAGCACUCUCAAUCGAUAAACCGAUUCUGAUAGAAGGUGCCCCAGGUUGUGGUAAAUCAAGUACCGUCGUAGCGUUAGCGGCUGCCACAGGUCAUCCUCUGACAAGGUUGAAUCUCUCAGAUCAGACGGAUUUGAGCGAUCUGUUUGGAAGUGACAUUCCAGUGGUGUUGCCGGACGGCAGUGCUUCAUUUGCGUGGAGCGAUGGGCCUGUACUGAGUGCAAUUAAACAAGGACAUUGGAUCCUUCUUGAUGAG